AACCCAGCACUUAGACAAGCAGCAAUCACAUAGACAGAAGGUUGGCCUUUUAUUAGCUUUUAGAAAAAGCUGAUAUUACCGUAGGUUGCUUACUUGCAAAAGACAUGCACUGCUUGGACUACCAACAACAUUAACAACAUUUGGUGAAUUACAAAUUACAUUUAACCAUCUGGUUAAAAAGGUCUCAGUAAUCAAAGUUGGGAAGAUGACUCCAAUGGAUGCCAUAGGAAGGGAUGGACCAUGGGAACAAUGGAAGGAUAGUUUACAACCAGCUCUGAUGAUCUCCUUUAUGUUCCUAAUCUGCCUGGAAGCUUGCAUGUGGGUAAGAUCUCAUGGACAGAAGAAGUGCCCUCCUGGUCCAUUCCCGUGGCCCUUUGUGGGCAAUGCAAUGCAAUUAGGGCAGAUGCCUCACCAGACCUUUUGUAAGAUGGCUCGGAGAUAUGGAAACAUUUUCAAGAUCAAACUGGGCAGGCGUGAUAUUGUGGUGCUGAAUGGACAAUCCACCAUAAAACAGGCUCUGGUGAAGCACAGUGCAGACUUUGCAGGGAGACCUGACUUCACAUCCUUCAAGAUUAUCUCUGGUGGCAAAAGUAUGGCUUUUGGGGGCUACAGUGACCUCUGGAAAUCUCACAAGAGAAUUGCACUCUCAACUCUAAGAGCCUUUUCCACUGUGAAUACAGAAUCCAAACGGCUAUUUGAACAGCAUGUAGUAGCAGAGGCAAAAGACUUACUCCAGGUCUUCCUGCGCCUUAGCACUGGUGGUCAUUACUUUGACCCUUACCACGAGUGCACAGUGGCCGUUGCCAAUGUGAUAUGUGCUAUGUGCUUUGGUAAACGUUACAACCAUGAUGACCAAGAGUUUAAAGUCCUGGUUGGAAGAAACGACAAGUUUGGGCAAACAGUUGGAGCAGGCAGCUUGGUGGACCUCAUGCCUUGGCUGCAAACCUUCCCAAACCCAGUGCGUACCCUCUAUCAAAGCUUCAAAAAUGUAAACAUUGAGUUAUUUGAUUUUGUAAAGGAUAAAGUGACCCAACACCGUGAGACAUAUAACCCCGAGAUCACCAGAGACAUGAGUGAUGCCUUCAUAGGUCUGAUAGAGCAUGGGGCAGCAGCAGCUGAGGGGUUCAGCAGAGAAUAUGUGGAGGGGACAGUCACAGAUCUAUUAGGUGCUGGGCAGGACACUAAUUCUAUGGCUUUGACAUGGAUCAUAUUAUUACUCAUAAAAUACCCCCAUGUACAGCAGAAGCUGCAGGAGGAAAUAGACAGAGUGGUGGGUCAGGACAGGCUACCCACUGCUGAAGAUAAAGCCAAGCUGCCUUAUGUCCUAGCAUUUAUCUACGAAACACUGCGCUUCACCAGCUUUGUGCCCAUGACUAUCCCACACUCCACCACCUGCGAUGUGACAAUUGAUGGCUUUUACAUACCCAAAGACACUGUGGUAUUUAUCAACCAGUGGUCAGUCAACCACGAUGAGACCAAAUGGACCCAUCCGGCCAAGUUUGAACCUGAAAGGUUUCUGGAUGAACAUGGACAACUCAACAGAGACCUCACCUAUGAAGUGAUGAUCUUUUCCCUGGGCAAAAGGAGAUGUAUUGGAGACCAACUUUCCAUGCUACAGAUAUUUCUUUUCACUGCUAUUAUGCUACAUCAGUGCUCAUUUUGUUCUGACCCAAAGGAGGAAUUAUCAAUGAACUGCAUCAAUGGCUUAUCCCUGAAGCCACACUCUUAUGGCGUAUCCGUGAGUCUCCGAACAAACACUAAAUAGACACUGCCCAAGUUUCAGAUAGAAAUCUCACAAAUCAUUACACUUUCAAUCAAAACAUACAAUUUCUAAAGGAAAAAAAGAUUAGGGCUGAGUAACUAUAAUAAAUAUUGGACUGUACAUUAUCAUAUUGACAGAAUCAACAUGUGGUUCUCAUUACUGUGGUACUACAAGUCUCAUUAUGCCCCAUAACAGUGAAACAUUGCCAAUAAAGCAUGCUGGGACUCAUGCAUCCUUAACAACUGGAGAGCCACCCAAAAGGCUUGUAAAGCAAGCUGCGACUUGUGGUUCCAGGGCAGCCACAGAUUUACAAGAAUUAUAUUAAUAGCUAUGCUUCUCUGACAAAGUUUUUACACAAAAACCAGGACAACUAAUAAUGGUAAGACAGAACAGCACUUACUGAUAUUGCUAACUCCGAUGCUUUCAGCAGCCACUCGCUUAAACUUGUAAAGAACACUUCAGGAAUAAGUCAAGGAGAGGAGGAGUCCUGGGGAAGCCAUUCUGCAGCCUGAUGAAGUGAUGAUGAGCGUCACAGCACCACACGGAGCUCGUACAGUACAGGGCACUGCAGGAUACGGUCUGCAUGGAUCAUGCUGAUAAAUGUAACAUACACGUAUAAUCCAUGAUAAAUACACGUUUAUAGUGAGAUAUUUGGGAUUGUGGUUAUCUCUACAGACAGAAGUGUCAUCCUAUAGCUUUAAACGACCGAUCGCCAAUUCAACCGCAAGUUGAAGAAGGACACACGUUCUACGUGUCUCAACAUCUACUAAACAGCGAUCACUUAUGCGGUUUACUACUGUUCGCUUUUAAAUAGUAAAUCGUUGCAACUAUUUAAAGUGGCCUCAUCCUCAAUCUAUUAGUGAUUAUUACAUGUGACAAGACUACUUUUACUAGAGAAGAAGCUGUGAAUAAGUUGUAUUGUCUCUGUAUUACUAUGAAUGAACAGUAUAUAAAUGUCUGUUACAGUAUUGUGUGGUGCACGUAUUUACUGCAUAUGCUUGUGUAACGUUAUUAUGAUGGUUUAGGAGGUAUUAUGUAAUGAAUACCGAUUGCUACCAUAAUUGUAAUAAGUAGUGGUAAACUCAUUCAAUGGUUUGAUUUGUAAUGCGUUAUAUUUUAUUAAGUUACACAUGAUAAUUUCUUAUAUUCCUUGUUAUUUGUUACACAAUAAAAUACGUUACUUUA